AUGGAGACGGGAGAGAGAGGUUCUUCAUAUGUAGGUAGAGUCGAGGCACCGAACGAUGCCUACCUAGAACUCGGAAAGAACACACUGCUCGCGACUAGUACAACACCAAUACCCGAAUGUCCAACACGUUCCAAUCCCUACCGUCAUGAAACUGCCCAACGCGCCGAAACGUCGCAGUACAUCCCCACCAAAAUUUUAGCUAUCAUAUACGAUUCAGCCGCAGUCCGUUGGCCCAAUGGUAAGGCGUCUGACUACGAUUCACAUCAUGUACUCUACGCUGAUGAGAUGAGAGGAGAUUUGCCGGAAUCAUUCAGUUCAAUUGAUUCUAUUGUAGGUGGUAUGUCGUACAUUGUUAGACAGCAGGCCAAAUGUCAUCUAUCGCCAUGCAUGGAGACGGGAGAGAGAGGUUCUUCAUAUGUAGGUAGAGUCGAGGCACCGAACGAUGCCUACCUAGAACUCGGAAAGAACACACUGCUCGCGACUAGUACAACACCAAUACCCGAAUGUCCAACACGUUCCAAUCCCUACCGUCAUGAAACUGCCCAACGCGCCGAAACGUCGCAGUACAUCCCCACCAAAAUUUUAGCUAUCAUAUACGAUUCAGCCGCAGUCUCUCCCAUCAAAUAA